UAACGUUAGCACGGUGGCUAAGAGAAUUUAGCUAACUUGAGCUACGUUGCAUCGCAGCACGGAGACAUCUCCACUGGACAAACGACGAAAAAGCACUCUUCGUGGUAUAGUUGCAUGAACUUUGUGUGGUGUUACACUUUGAGACCAUCUCCGAGAGCAUAAUGCCAGAGCCGGCUGAAAUGAGCGGUCCAGAGGUGGCCAAGACACCAGGAGGAGGGGCCCCGGGCAAAGAUGGCAAGGAGCCAGUGGCCAACGGGCACGCAGGAGAGAGCAGUGACUCCAACCCAUUUGCUGAGUACAUGUGGAUGGAGAACGAGGAGGAGUAUAACAGACAGGUGGAAGAGGAGCUGUUGGAGCAGGAGUUCUUGGAACGCUGCUUCCAGGAAAUGCUGGAGGAGGAGGACAAGGAUUGGUUCAUCCCAUCACGUGACCUCAACAACCAGGGGGUUGGGCAGCUACAGCAACAGCUCAACGGUUUGUCUGUCAGCGAUCACCACAGCAACCUGGAGGAAGUGGCGAGGAAGAGCAUCUUGAAUCCCGAAGCGAAGGAGUUUGUCCCGGGCAAGAAAUACUAGGAAUCCCCCUCACCCCCACGGAGCCUCCACACACACAUGCACACCCACCAGUUCUCACAUGCUCUCAGAGACUCUGGCAGCCAUGGCCGUACAAACACUGAUUCUCACAUACACGCAUGCACACACUCACACCUACAUGACUGAAGUCAGUGGUUUGCUGGCAGGCCCAGUUGGGGGGUGGGGGGAUGUCUUUCUUUUUUGUUUCUUUAAUCUUUUUAUUUCCUUUUUUGUUUCUUGUAAACUGAGGGACAGUGGGAAUGGGUUGGGGAGGGGUGUAAUCCAUCACCGCCCCACUGCGGGUGCGAAGUCAUUACUGCAUUUCAGAUGACACUGAUGUCCACAGAGCAGAUCUCAUUUUAGUCUCCUUUUGAACUGAGGCAGCUACCGAGGAGUGAGGACAAAAUCUAAAAUCCAAAAUCCAAAUUUAAAAAAAAAAAAAAUCAUAGUUAAAUUUUUUUUUUGUCAAAUUGAACAACAUUGUCUUGCAUAAGCUGAGGGUUUCCAUGAUGGCGAGGAUCACGCAACUAACAAUUCAGGGGGCUGAUUGGGUUUCUGCUGCUGCUCUGUCGAGUCAUCACAGUCACUCAAACCAUUUUAUGUUUGCUCCUAUGAUGCUGUAAGCUCCCUGAGACAUCACAGCUCUGCUGCAACUAGACAUGAGUUACUUGUAGUCUGCAGCAGCCCCAUUUCCAACCAAAUACAGACCCCGCUCGCCGUGCACAUUUGUUUUGAAGUUGAAGAACAGACACAAGUAAUCAUGGAUAAGAAAGUUUCCCAAUUUAUGUGGAAGUCUGUUUACUUUUGUCCAGGUGUGAGUUUGCCAAUCACGCACCAGUUUUGGAAAGAAAUGUUACCAAGGAAAGGGCAAGAGCUCGUUGAACCUUAAAUAAAUCCUUUUUCUCUGUU